AUGAUUCGCACAGACGCCAUGUUGACUCUUUCUCAUCAUACUCUUAUUUCUCUUCUUUUAACCAGAUUGUCUCCCGCAAUUUCUCGUAUAUUUUUUCUGAUUUAUUGUAUUGUUUUUCAUUAUUUCCUUUCUUUCAUUUUUCCUUCCUUCCUUUAUUUAUUUAUUUCCUUCUUUCUUUCUUUCUUUCUUUCUUUCUUUCUUUCUUUCUUUCUUUCUUUCACAAUGUAUUCCCUUCUUUCCAUAUGCAAUGGUUUCUUUGUCUCCAUUUCUUUUUCCUUGUUCGGUCUUUCAUUGUUUCCGAUCGUAACAUCUUUUUCCUUCAUAAUUUCCAUUCUUUCUGAGAUGGGAUGUGUGUCUUUCAUUUUUUUCAUUCCUUCAUUCCUUUCUUUCUUCAUGUUAUCAUUCGUUCUUUUUUCUUUAUUUUCAAUUAUGGUAUUUUCUUUCAUAAUUUUCUUUCUUAGAUUCACUGUGUUCUUUGUUUCUGGUUUCUUUCAUUCCAUUUUUAUUCUUUCUUUCUUUCUUUCUUUGUUCCUAAAUUUCUUUCUUUUUCUUUUCUUGCAUUCUUCAUUCUAUUGUCUUUUUUAUCACCAGCUUUCUUUUUUUACUUCACAUUUUACCCUUUUCCUUCCUUCCUUCCUUCCUUCCUUCCUUCCUUCCUUCCUUCCUUCCUUUUCAAUCUGUUCUCUUUACCCCCUUUAUAUUUCUUCACCCUUUCUUCUCCUUUGCCUGUCACUCUAG